UUGUGUGAGAGAGUGAUCGAGUGAGUGAGAGAGAGUGGAAGUGAGUGAGAGAAAGAGAGAGAGAGAGAGAGAGAGAGAGAGAAAGAGAGAGAGUGAUGCUGCACCAAAGCGCACUUUCAUCCUCCUCCAUUUUUUGGGGGAAGCGCGAGCGCUGAACAGCAGUCCAUGUUCACGUCUAUUCUGCGUGAGCGCGCGCGCGCGUGACAAGAUAGAGAUAGAGAGAAAGAGAGCGAAAGAGAGAGAGAGAGAGAAAGAGGGAGAGAGAGAGAUCGCGCUUGGGCUAUGUUCUCAGCGCACCUCAAUAGUGCGCACUUUGCGCUCCAGACGCACCAAAUCCACUCCAACCUGUCCCAGUGUGGCCCCUGAAGACUCCCCAGUUUCCAAUGACGAGUUGCAUUCUCCCUCCUUUUUUCUUUCCCUGUUCUUCUCUUUUCCUCUUUCCUCCUUCUUCUCACCCCUCCAUUCAGAAGUGUUGCGUGUUGAGUAAGCGACUCGGAGCAUCAGUGUGAGUGAGAGUGCAACUGAAAGCAGUCGAGUCCAUCCGUCUGAGGAGGGGGAGGAGGAGGAGAGGAGGAGGAGGAGGAGGAGGAAUUACAGGGCAAAAGUAAAGCACCAAGCUUCCAGCGCCGUUCUUGUGGACCGUAGACUUUUUCUUCUUUCAUUCUUUCUUUCUUUCUUUCCUAUUUUUUCCUUUCUUUCUUUCUUUUAAAAGGACCCACCUCGCGCUUUUUUUUUCAGCUGGAUACCGACUCAAGCUGCUCGAUUUGCUCCCUGCGAAGAGAUUUUGUUCGCUCUUCUUUUUCUAUUUCACUCCACUUGAGUCUCGGCUCUUCGGCACUUCAUCUCCGAGAUGCUGCUGCGUGACGCGAAUUGAGAAGAGUUGUCUUUUUUUUGGCACGCAUUUGGCAAAGAAAUUACAGACCUCCCAAGACAAAUCCCCACCCACUCCGAGCAUGGACUUGUUGAGUGAAUCCCAUGUGCUGGUGCUUUUCCUCACCUGCCUGGUGUCACUGUGCUGGGCCCAGGAAAAGGAUUACACGGUGAAAGAAGAACAGCCAGAGAACGUGCGUAUCGGGAACCUGCGCAAAGACUUGGACCUAAACCUGGACCCCAAUGUUAAGCUUUCCACAGCUCUGGAGUUCAAACCCGUCUACAAGUCUGGAGAGGUUCCGUUGGUGAGGGUGGAGGCCAGCACGGGUGAGAUCUUCACGACAUCCAACCGCAUAGACCGUGAGAAGCUGUGCUCCGGAGUCUUCAAUGAGAAACGCUGCUACUAUGAGAUCGAGGUGGCUGUUCUGCCCGACGAGAUCUUUCGCCUGGUCAAGAUUCGCUUCCUCAUUGAAGACAUUAAUGACAAUGCCCCGCUGUUCCAGUCUACCGUCAUUAACAUCUCCAUUCCCGAGAAUACAGCCAUCAAUAACCGCUAUCCGGUACCCUCAGCCUUCGACCCUGACGUGGGGCUUAAUGGAAUACAGCACUAUGAGCUUGUCAAGAGUGUGGGUGAGUUUGGUCUGGACAUCAUUGAAACUCCAGAGGGAGACAAGUGGCCCCAGCUUAUAGUCCAACAAAAUUUGGAUCGAGAAACCAAGGACACUUUUGUGAUGAAAAUCAAAGUGGAAGACGGUGGCACACCUCCAAAGUCCAGCACAGCUAUCCUCCAGGUCACGGUCUCAGAUGUAAAUGACAAUCGGCCAGUGUUCAAGGACAGUGAGGUGGAGGUGAACGUGCCCGAGAAUGCCCCUAUGGGGACAUCAGUCACACAACUCCAUGCAAGUGAUGCUGAUCUUGGCUCCAAUGCCCAGAUUCACUUUUCCUUUAGCAAUCAAAUCUCCUCGGUAUCCAGGCGGCACUUUUCUAUUGACAGUUCUACUGGAUUGAUUACAGUCAAGCAGCCAUUGGACAGAGAAUCCAACCCAGUCCACAAGCUUAUAGUCUUAGCAAGUGAUGGUAGCACCACACCAUCAAGGGCUACUGUCAUUGUAAAUGUAACAGAUGUUAAUGACAAUGUUCCAUCCAUAGACACACGGUAUAUAAUAAACCUUGUUAACGGCACGGUCUUGUUAUCUGAAAAUGCUCCUCUAAACACAAAAAUAGCUCUAAUUACAGUGACUGACAGGGAUGCUGACCUUAAUGGUAAAGUGACAUGUUACACGGAUCAUGACGUACCCUUUCGGUUGAAGCCUGUUUUUAAUGACCAAUUCUUGUUGGAAACUGCGGCCCCCUUAGAUUACGAGACAACUCGAGAGUAUGCCAUUAAGAUAGUAGCAUCAGAUUCAGGGAAACCACCCUUAAACACAUCUGCAAUGGUCCUCAUUAAAAUCAAGGAUGAGAAUGAUAAUACUCCAGUUUUCCCUCAGCCGGAGAUUCAGCUGUCCAUCCCAGAGAACAAUGACCCUGGCACACAGCUGAUAAAGAUCAGUGCCACUGAUGCAGACAGCGGUUCUAAUGCCCUUAUUAUUUACACUCUUGGCCCAGAUGCACCUGAGGGCUUUAACAUAGAUUCACGUUCUGGCAUACUCUCUGUAAGCAAGCGAUUGGACAGAGAAAAACAGGAAACCUAUUCAUUUACAGUGAUUGCAAGGGAUAAUGGAUCUAAUCCUCUGCAAAGCAAUGUCACCGUGAAGUUAAUUGUCCAAGACCAAAACGACAACAGUCCAGCCUUCACCCAUCCAGAGUAUAAUUUCUACGUACCUGAAAACUUGCCUUUGUAUGGUACCGUCGGCUUGAUUACAGUUACAGACGCAGAUGCUGGGGACAAUUCAGUGGUUACGCUCUCAAUUAUAAAUGGGAAGGACAAUUUUAUAAUUGACCCCAAAACUGGUGUAAUUAAACCAAACAUUACAUUUGACAGGGAGCAGCAAAGUUCCUAUACCUUUAUAGUCAAAGCUGUGGAUGGAGGAUUAAUUCAGACAACUUCAUAUGCCAAGGUCACCAUCAAUGUUGUUGAUAUUAAUGACAAUCGGCCUGUGUUUGUCAUCCCACCUUCCAACUACUCCUAUGACCUAGUCCCUUUUACAACCAGCCCUGGCUCUGUGGUGACUCGAGUGUAUGCCAUUGACAAUGACACUGGAAUGAAUGCCGAGCUGCAGUACAGCAUUAUUGGAGGGUCACCAAGAGGAAUGUUUGCUAUUGACAAAGCUACAGGAAACAUUACAUUGCAGGAGAAGAUUGUUAGUGCUGAUCAAGGUCUUCAUAGGUUGGUGGUAAUGGUCAAAGACUUAGGACAGCCAGACCCAUUGCAUGCAAUUGCGCUUGUUCACUUGUUUGUGAACGAUACUGUUUCCAAUGCAACGUUCAUUCAGGAACAAGUCCGAAAAAGUAUGGAGACACCCUUGGACAGAAACGUUGGGGACAAUAAUGUAAUUCCUCAGAACAAUGGCUAUGUAAUUGUUGUCAUAGCUAUAAUUGCUGGCACUAUGACUGUAAUAUUGGUGAUAUUUGUGACUGCCUUGGUACGUUGUAGACAAACACCAAGGCACAAAGUUGUUCAGAAGGGCAAGCAAAGUGGCGAGUGGGUAUCACCAAACCAGGAAGGUCGACAGAUCAAAAAGAAGAAGAAGAAAAAGAAGAGGUCCCCUAAGAGCUUGCUGUUGAACUUUGUCACCAUUGAAGAAUCCAAAUCUGAAGAUAAUACUCAUGAGCACAUCAACGGAACCCUGGACCUUCCUGUUGAGCUUGAGGAGCAGACAAUGGGAAAGUAUAAUUGGGCCACCACACCAACCACUUUUAAACCUGAUAGCCCUGAUUUAGCCAAGCAUUAUAAGUCAGCUUCUCCCCAGCCUACCUUUCAGAUCAAACCAGAAACCCCAGUGGCUCCCAAAAAGCACCAUGUCAUUCAGGAACUCCCUUUGGACAACACAUUCGUAGUUGGCUGUGACUCUCUCUCCAAAUGCUCCUCCAGCAGCUCCGACCCCUACAGUGUCUCAGAGUGCAGCUGUCAAGGAAGCUUCAAGGCACCUGGGCAAAUUCAUACCCGACAGAACCAGAACCAGACCCCAGACAAGACACUGACUGCAGUUCCUGCCACUUGUCCUCAUAAGCAGAGUCAGCGGCGUGUGACCUUUCACCUUCCGGAUGGUUCUCAGGAAAGCUGUAAUGCCACUGGGCUGGCAGAACAGGAGGUGGGCAGCAGUGCCAGUGGCACCAGCACCACUCAAUCGCUGCCACUGGGAUUCCCACAGGAUGAGUACUAUGAGCAGACAUCACCCAACAGCCGCACCGAAGGUGAUGGCAACUCUGACCCCGAGUCUACUAUCGAAGUCAACCUGCAGAAGGCCAUGACUGAGGCCUCGGAGACCUGCACCCAAGAAUGUCUGAUCCUCGGCCAUUCUGACAGCUGUUGGAUGCCCCCGGCAGUGACCCAAUUCCAGACAACUGCUGCUGCCACGUUGCCCUCAUUCAGCCUUCAACAGAGCUGGGCACGCAGCGGCGCCAUGCCAGACGGGCGUCACACCCUCGGCAGAUCUGUGCCCAGAGAUGAUCUGGACAAAGGGAGCAAUCGGCCCCAGUUUUACAGCACACUGGACAGACACUGUAGCAAGAAAGAGGACGCUGUGAAGGUCAUCCCUCUGGCCAGCUUCUCUGCCACGUCAAGCCCGCAGAACUCGGGCACUGGCGCCUCUUCUGCAUUCUUACAUGAGCAUCAGUUGUAGAGCAAGAAGCAAGCAUUUGCAGUAAGUUACAGCGACACAAAAACAAUAGUGAGUGAUGAGAAAACCAUAACUAAGCAGACAACUUACGAAAGAAAAUCUUAACAAAAUUUAUCAUCAACCUGAAUUUGCAAUGCUUACAAAAGGUUUUCGUGUUUUUUGUUUUUUUUUUCUGUUUUUGUCAGGAUAGAAAUUGAAGUGAACGGACAGUCAUGAUACUCUCAGUAGAUCUAAACCAAAGUAGCAUCUCAAACGAAAAAAACAAAAAAGCAAAAAAAAAAAAAAAAAGCUGUGUCUCUUUGUUAGGUAGUGGCUAACGAAUCGAGCUUCAGAGAUGAUGUCAAUGUUUUUUGAGCCUUUUGAAUAUGAUGUAAUUAUAAAAAACCUACAUUAUAUGCUGUUGAUAUGAACAGUGAUACUGUAAAUUUGUGUGAGUGAUUGAGAUGUUAGUUUCAGUAAGAAUCUGUGAGUAUAUAGCGUAAAUUGUUUUUAGCAACUUUUUUUUCUCAUCUGAGUGCUGCAGAGACUCUGUCCAGACAACAGACAUGUUAUUACCCCUUAUUGCAAACUUUUUGCUUGCACUCUAAUAACAUGCAGAAAGUUUUCUCAUGAAAUCGACAUCUUUUUUUUUUUCUUCAUAAACUAAAAAGUGAAGGUUCCUCUUAUGUCUGCAGUUUCCUCGCAUCUGACACCCUUAUUUUUUUUCUGCCAUUAUUAGGAACCUACUAAUUUUCUUAUUAACCAAGCCUGGGAAGGCACAGACAGAUGUGCUAAAGAGCCGGCCUUUGUUUUUCAUUUUCCCCUACAUCAAGUUUCGCUCUUGAAAUAUACAAUUUAUGCACCAUAACAAGUGCUAUGGAACCAAUUAUGAGAAUCUCCUGAUAGUAUAAUUACUUUGAUCUGUAAUCACCGUAGCAGCCAUUGCUGGGGAAGACUGCUCUGUAAUAGUAUAAUUGGCUUACUUUUUCUUUGCGUGCGUGUCUGUGUGUGUUACCUUCGUGGCACACUACUACUCUUUUAUAAUCUAUAUAAGAAAAAAAAUCAUAACACUUGGUUGCUGAUGUGAAUUGUUCUUUGGUUUUUACUUUAGUCAAGGACCUCAAACUUAUUUGUGGCGUGUAUGCCUUUUGACUGCUAAAUAGAAAUAGAAGCUCUCGUUCCCCUCCACACAUUUACAUUAUAAUUUUUUAUAGUGAGUAAUGAGCUAUAACUGGUUUAAAAAAAUAAAUAAAACAAAACCAAAAAAUAAAAAAUAAAACACAAAAAAACAACUGUGUUCAUCAUGUGGUCUUAUAGCAGACAGUGUCAAUCAUAAAGCCACCAAACAAUAAGAAGGACCCGAAACUGUAAUUACAAACAUCACAGUGUAGUUAAUUAGGCAUUUCUCUCUUUCUUUUUCUCCCUUCUUUGCUUCUUUGAAUAAAACAAAGGCCUAUACACUCUUUUAUUUUCCAUAAUAAUUUUGAAUCAGGCAGAGCCCAAAGGACUCGAACAGGCAUACUUUCUUUAAUUCAGCAAUUCUGCUUAGUACAUACUAAAUGAAACUCAAGCAUUUGAGUUAGUGAUCCAAAAAAUUACUUUCUUAUAAAUUAGGUGAAAUAGCAGUGAAGGAAUGUAUGCCAGGAGAGGGCUAUGAUGAGCCUGGGUCUGCUGUAUUGCUCAUUGAUCUGAGAGAAUGCACAGUUGCAUUGGCAGCAAGUCUCUGGACUAAAGCAGCAAAAAAAAAAUCCCUUUAAUGCUGUUAAUCAAUGAAAAGAACUAUAAGGUGGUACUGCAUCAGGGGAUUUUCCAUGCCCUGGCUGUGGCAUAAAACACAUUCUUUCCAGCUUACUAAGACAGGAUCAUUUAAAUAAAGAUUUUAUUGCUUGGUGGAUGAACCUAUCAAACCGAUAGGUCAGUAAACCGGAAGGUUAAAAGUUCUAAUGAGACUAAUUUAUGAAUGAUUAGAAAUGAAAGAAUUUUUUUUUUCACCAGUAAUCAUUAUUUUGUAGUUAUGAGCAAAUAAUACAUACUUAAAUUAUUUGGGGGUUUUAAAACAUUUCUACUCUCCAGUUCUGUCUGGGGAAAAAUAUAUAGGCUAUAUAUGUAUUCAAAUUUAAAAAUAAUUUUAAUUAUUUUUACAUAUAAUUUGAAUGCUAUUCAAAAUGCAUGAGGCCACGAUGUUAAAAAAAAAAAAAGAAAAGAAAACACAAUGCUGCUCCAAUGUCAGAAUGUCAGUGAAGAGCUCUUAAUAAUAAAAAUGUUAUAAAGGUAUACUUGAUAAAUAUCCAUAUCUAUCGUGUGUAACCAGUUUGGUAGAGUUACAUUUGGUGCCAAAGGUCUCGCAAAAAAAAAAAAAAAUAAAAAAAAUAAACAACAAAAAAAAAAAGCUGCAAAAUCACUAAUGAAUUAAAAAAAAAAAAAAAACCAAACA